AUGUUGAACAAGGAGCCUCCUCUUUUCAGAGGGUACAGACACGGUUAUGCACAAUCGGACAUUUGCUGCACUAACGGCAUAGAGGACCAUAUUCCCCGGAUACAUUGGCAGGAUCUUUCGGUAGCCGAAUUUGUGGAGCGUUUUGAGCGUCCCCGGAUUCCCGUCGUUAUCACGGGGCUGGCCGACGAUUGGCCCGCUGCCAAAUGCUGGACGCCUGAGCGCCUGCGACAGCUCUACGGAGAACACAAAUUUAAGGUGGGUUCAGAUGACGAGGGCUAUGCGGUGCGGCUGCCCCUGAACGGGUUCCUGGACUACAUGUCGGACCCGCUGCACGGGGCUCGGGACGACUCCCCGCUCUACAUCUUUGACGGCACGUUCGCGGAUCGGGACGGCAGCAGGUCCAUGCGUAAGGAUUACGAGGUCCCCGUGUACUUCCGGGAGGACCUCUUUCGCCUCGUGGGGGAGAAGCGAAGACCCCCAUACAGGUGGCUGGUACUGGGUCCCGCCCGUAGCGGCAGCGGACUCCACAUCGACCCCUUGGCGACAAGCGCAUGGAACACGCUGUUAGCAGGUCACAAACGCUGGGCGUUGUUUCCCCCGGGGACACCGAGGUGCCAGGUCUUGCCCCGGGAGCAUGGCGUCGAGCGGGAAGCCGUGAGCUGGUUCAGCAAGAGCAAUGGUGUCCGGUAUGAUCAGAGGAGGGCCCUUUGGCACCUAGCUGGCGGAUGGUUAUUGGCUAUAUCACCAUCAUCAUCAUCAUCAUUAUCAUCAUCAUCAUCAUCAUCAUCAUCAUCAUCAUCAUCAUCAUCAUCAUCAUCAUCAUCAUCAUCAUCAUCAUCAUCAUCAUCAUCAUCAUCAUCAUCAUCAUCAUCAUCAUCAUCAUCAUCAUCAUCAUCAUCAUCAUCAUCAUCAUCAUCAUCAUCAUCAUCAUCAUCAUCAUCAUCAUCAUCAUCAUCAUCAUCAUCAUCAUCAUCAUCAUCAUCAUCAUCAUCAUCAUCAUCAUCAUCAUCAUCAUCAUCAUCAUCAUCAUCAUCAUCAUCAUCAUCAUCAUCAUCAUCAUCAUCAUCAUCAUCAUCAUCAUCAUCAUCAUCAUCAUCAUCAUCAUCAUCAUCAUCAUCAAUCGCAACGAACCUACCGCCGGUCUACCCGCGGGCGAAGAAGGGGGACUGGCCGACUGCGCGCGUCGUGGACCUGCUGCAAGCUCCAGGGGAGACGGUGUUCGUACCAGGCGGCUGGUGGCACGCCGUACUCAAUCUGGACGACACGCUGGCUGUCACUCAGAACUACGUCAGUGGGGCGAACUUCGAGCGGGUCUGGAAGCACACCCGGAAGGGGAGGCCCAAGAUGUCACGGAGGUGGCUCCUCGCGCUGGAACAAGAGCGGCCGGAUCUGGCAGCUAUAGCGCACGGCAUGAACAGGCGUGGAGAUGUGGAGUGCGACACCGGCAGCAGCAGUAGUAGUAGUAGCAGUAGCAGUUCGUCGUCCUCUGACAACAGUAGUGACAGCAGCGACAGCGCUGACAGCGCAUGCACAAGCAAGCGCCCCAAGGUCACGGACCCCUAA